AUGAUUUUAAGCGCAUCGACAGAAUUUGAUCGUACACGAAAUCCAAUUAUUAUUGAUCGACCAAGCGAUAAUACUGAGUUACCAAAACUAUUUAGAGAACUACCUGAUGCACAAGAAAAAACUAAAGAAAGACCAUUUCAAGCACCAUACAGUAUAAAAGCACGUACAUUACUUCAUGCACAUCUUCAACGACUUAAUACAUUAAGUGAUAAUCUUGAAAAAGAUAAACGAUAUGUUGUAAGACGAUCGAUAUAUUUAAUUAAUGAAAUGAUUAAUAUUGAAGCACAACUUGUUGCUAUGGGACAUGCUGGACGAUUAAAAAAUGCUCCACGACUUGAUACAAUUGAAAAUACAAUGAAAUUAUCAUCUAUGCUUAUACAAGCAUUAUUAAAUACAAAAAGUUCACUUCUUCAAUUACCACAUAUCACUGAAAGUCAAUUAAGAUUUUUUGAAACUAAAAAACGUACAAUUAAAUCCAUUCGACAAUUCGUUGCAAUGGAUGAUGAACAACGUCGUUCUAUGCUACGUAGUAUUACAGAUGAACAGUAUUACGAUAUUAUGAAUGUUCUUGCUAUUUAUCCACAUAUAACAAUGAAUAUAACAUGUGGAGUCUUUGAUGAUGAAGAUGAACAUAUAAUAACAACAGGAGCUGUUGUGACAUUAACAGUACAUUUACAUCGUGAAAAUAUGUCAUCUCUAUUUAGUAAAGAAAUAAAUACAAAUACCUUUGCUGUUGUUAAUACACUUGAUGAUGCAAAAAAUGACGAACAAAUUGAUGAUAAAGAAAAUCGAGACAAGACAAAUGGAACAUUAAAAAUGACAGCUACGUGCAAUGCAUCGAAAGGCUGGAAUAAUAAAUCAGAAAAGAAAAAAAAAGCUAAUAAAGAUAAAGGAAAAAAGAAAGGACACUCAAUAUCUUCGAAAACGAACAAUAUUUCAACGAAUAAACAAGCAUUAGCAAACACGAAUAAUAUUAAAAAUAAAAUUAAAAAUGAUACAAAAGAUUCUGGCGAUUCGCUAUUAAAUAUACAUCGACGUCGUGAACAAGCCAAACGAAACAUAAAUGAAAGUGAUAAUGAAUUAAAUAGUAAUAAUAAUGAUGAAAAUGAAAAUUUAAUAAAUGAUCAAACAAUUGAACGUUCUAAAACAUCAUCAAAUAAAACAAAAACUCAACAUAAUGAUAAUGAAGAAGAUAAAUUUCUUGAACGAUUUCAACAACAACAACGUAAAAGAGAAAAAUUAGAAACAAAAGCAAAAGUUAGUCAUCGUGUUUUUUGUCCAUUUUAUUCUGAAAUAAAACAAGAAUGUUGGUGGUUAUAUGUUGCUGAUAGAAAAAAUUACUCAUUAAUAAGUGCACCUAUUUAUUUGUGUACAUUAAAAGAUGACGAAGAAAUUGAAGUCAAAUUUUCAGCACCAAAAGUACCUGGUCAUUAUGUUUAUUCAGUUAUUUUAAGAUCUGAUUCAUAUUUUGAUGUUGAUGUUAUGGAAAAUCUUUCGCUUGAUGUUCAAGCAGCCAAAGAAGUUGUUGAUAAUCACCCACAAUGGGAUUUUAGUGACGAUGAUGGAAAAAUUAAUAAUAAAGUUGAAGACGAUGAGUUUACAACUGAAAGUGACAGCGAUAAAGAUUAA